CCAUUCAGUCUUUGACAAGCUAUUGUCGCGUGCGGAUGUAUUUGCGGAAAACAUAAGUGCAUAACUGCAUCAAGGUAAAGAACUGUAAAACUGUAAAGCACGAUAACAGUGCACUGUUAAAUUAACAUAACGCGCAACUUUGGCGCCAUCAAGCGAUGCGCUUCUAAGCAUUGAACUUCAAGUACAACAACAACAUUUUUAUGUUAAUCACAAUGAGUGCAACGCGAGCAAAAACAAUCACAACAAAAAUAACAACAAUAAAAUCAGCUAGCAACUGGCGCUGGCUAUGUUUAUGUUGCUUCCUUUGCUUGGCUGCUGCAGCACAGGCGAACAGCAGCAGCAGCAGCGGCAGCGGGAGCAAGUCCUCUCCGGUGAUUGCCAAGGAUGCCACGCAUAUAUAUAAAAUCAAAAGACAGGACAAAUACCAACAGCCGCAGAAGCAGCAGCAACAGCUGCCGCAACAGUUGCAGCUGCGGGGCAGCCAGAGCGAUGUUGUUCCAGCCCAGCAACAAAAACAACUGAAAAGGCGUACACAUGCACUCAACAAGAAGCUGCUCAGCAAACUGGGCUUUGUGAAGGUGAAGGCGCCGAAUAGCCAUAACCGGAAGCGCUUGGCUGUUGAGUCACGCCGUCACUCGUCGCGGGAUGAUUCACACAUGUUCAUCAUCAAAUUGCCGCCAAAUCUGCACUACUAUUCAGGACCCAACAGCGUGCAGAAUACGCUGGAUGCUGUCAAGGGGCAGCAGCAGCCGGAGCAGAAGAAGCAACAACAACAACAGCAGCAGCAGAAGCAGCAGCAAGAGAAGUCUCAUCAAAUGAGCAACAACAUCCAUGACAACGCACCCAACAUGCCAGCAGCGGCCAGUGAGGCGUCGGCGUUGAAAACUAACGGGAAAAAGGUCUCAUUUCCGUUCAGUUCGAAUGGACGACCGGCUCGUAUCUAUCAUUGGAAUCUGCCAGUGCUGAAGCAGGCACUGCAAAAGAAUCCGCAUUUUGCUCACGUAUCUGCGGCGGAUCGUAAUCGUCUGCUGGACAUCGAGAAGAUACCGACAUGGCGCAAACCCUGGGAGAAUGAUACCAUCGAGAAGUCCUUUACAGCAGGCAGCGGCAAGGCCAAGUACAGGAAAUCGCUCAAGCAGAAGUCGCCCACAUAUUACGCCCCCUCGCAGGUGGUCAACAAGCAGAGUUUCCACAAGUACUUUGCCGGCAACGGCAAACCCAAGGGCCUCUAUGUGAUCAAGGAGCAUCAGACGAAGCCGCAGUUCUAUCAGAAUAUCAUAUCAUAAGAAUUUUACUUUCAGUUUUUCAGCUAUCUAAUGCCAAUUAAGCUCGGCAUGCAUCUAUAAGACUGUGGUGUGGGCAUUCGCUAAUUAUAGUGUUUUAUUUUUUAAUUUGUGUACCACGCGUAUGAAACUCAAU